CACCAAACCCACACCGCCGUGCAAGAUGCCUGUUCCGUUCGAGUCCCUCAUCCCCAUGGGCAUCAUCGCCGGCCUUUUCGGCGUCACCGGUGGUCUCCUCGCCGCGUCCAAGCAGUUCCAGAACGAGGGCAAGCCUCCCAGAUACGGAAUUGACACCUGGGACAGGCAGAUGAUGGAACGUGACCAGAGACUAACGGGGACGAUGCGUGGACAGUCACAAGAGCCGAGGGCACCAGCAGAAUUCGCUGUUAACAGCGCGUGGAAGAUUGAGACGUAA